AUGAUCUCUUCGUUCCAUGAUAUGGUGCGGACGCUGUCGAAGCUUUCUGCGUCUGCAAAGCCUACUGCAUUCCACCAUCUACUUGCUCGUCUGGCACAUGAAGGACGGCUUCUACGCUUGUAUACCCAGAAUGUCGACGGAAUCGAGGCCUCCCUGCCGCCGCUGCAGACCAAAGUCCCCCUCGAGGUAAAGGGCCCUUGGCCAACCACCAUUCAACUCCACGGCGGCCUACACACCAUGGUGUGCCAGAAAUGUAGUAAGGCUUCCAGCUUUGAAGCAGAUUUGUUCAAGGGGCCUGACCCUCCACUCUGUGGAGAGUGUGAGAAGAACGAGGUAAUUAGACAUGUUGGUGGCCAGCGGAGCCGUGGCAUCGGCAAAUUACGGCCUCGUAUGGUGCUAUAUAACGAGUACAACCCAGACGAGGAGGCCAUAGGUUCCGUGGUUAGUGCUGAUCUACGCGCCAGGCCCGAUGCGCUUGUCGUGGUCGGUACUAGUCUCAAGAUUCCCGGCGUACGACGCAUUGUCAAGGAAAUGUGCCGUGUCGUGAGAGGCAGGAGAAACGGGACUACCGUUUGGAUCAACCACGACCCGCUCCCUUCUGGCAAGGAGUUUGAAGAUUGCUGGGAUCUGGCCAUCAAGGGUGACUGCGACAAGGUUGCACUCCAUGCCGGCCUCAAGAGAUGGGACGACGAUGACCGCUCCUUCACCGAGUGCACCGAAGAGGAGUUUGAUCGCGCCAAGUCAGGGAAUACCGAAAUAUCCGUCGUCAUCACGCCUCAGAAACCCAUCAAGUUCACCGAGUUUACGAACGGCAUGCCUACGCCAUCUUCCAGCUCUGAGGACUCCGUCAACCCCGGCAAACGGUCACAGAGUCCCACGCCCAGCGCUCCUCCUAAACCAAGGGGCGUCAACACCAAGAUUAUCAAAAAGUCCAACCAGCCACGCAAACCCAGGGCGAAGAAGGCAAAGCCUGCAGAUGCUUCUACUAAGACUAUUCCAAUCAACAAGGCGUUCCCGAGCAGGAAGGCUACCGCUGCCAAAGAAUCUAAGGUGGUAAAAGAGGUCGCCCCUUGCAAGAUCGAAGAUGUCCUGAACCCAAUUCCUCCUGAAUCUGCUCGAAGCAACGGCCCAGCGCCCCUGGAGCUAGAGACGAAAAAAGAGAGUAAUGUUGUUCACACUUGA